CGCCUGACUUGUGACGUAAAGACGCAGGGGCGUCUGUUAGUGUGGAUGAAAACAAUAAACACACAGCGACAGCAAAUUGUCGGACCUUUCAAAACGUACAGUUAAAAAAGAGAAAGGAAGGAGAAGACGAGACGGCAAAAGGAACAAGAAAAAAAAAAUUGCUUUUGCUCUAUCUGACUAACCCUGUUAUGCAGGUCGAGGAAGCUGGAACGAAUACGUUGUGGUACGACCACCUUCUGAGGUUCCCGUCCCCCACUCUGUCCCCUUGUCACCCGUCCCCAUGUCCCGUUGGCUCUUUCCUUGGUCCGGCUCUAUCAAGAAACGGGCAUGUCGCUACUUGCUACAACACUACCUCGGUCAUUUCCUGCAGGAGCGACUCAGCCUUGAUCAACUCAGUCUGGACUUGUACAACGGCAGUGGGGUCAUACGAGAUAUUCACCUCGAUGUGUGGUCAGUGAAUGAGCUUCUGGAUUCCAUGGGUGCUCCCCUUGAAAUUGUGGAUGGAUUCAUUGGGAGCAUUUCUGUGACAAUCCCUUGGGCUGCAUUGGUCACCGAUAAUUGCACUGUCAUGGUAAAUGGCCUGCAGAUCACGUGCCGACCUAAAUACCGCACCACUACGGGUGUGGACUCACAAUGCUGGUCAUCUUGCAUGACAUCCAGUAUGCAGCUUGCCCAAGAGUGCCUAAAGGAGACCCCAGAGGAAGGAGAUGAACCACCUGCUCCACUGGAGGGGCUAGAAAUGUUUGCACAGACCAUUGAAACUGUUCUGCGCAGGAUUAAAGUAACAUUUUUGGAUGUAAUUAUCAGAGUGGAGCACACACCUCUUGUGUCCCAGUCUGGGGUUGCCUUAGAAGUGCACAUUAAAAGACUGGAUUAUUGUGAUGAGGCAGUGAAAGAUGCCAGUCAGGCAGUCCCAGUGGAUAUCCACCAACCUCCAGCUUUUGUUCACAAAAUACUGCAGCUCAGUGGAGUACAGCUUUAUUAUGAGAAACUCUGCGAGAAUCAGGAGCCUAUUUAUCUGAAUAGUGACAGUGAAGAAAUUAGGCAAAAAUCUAUGGAAUCUCACCCUCAGUGCCCCUUACUAAUAGGAACUUGUUCUGGAUACAUGGAAACAACAGUUAAAAUCAAACAAAAUGAUGCUUUACCUGGCCCAAAGUUGGAGUUAGAUGGCAAGAUGGGCUCCCUUCAUCUGCUGCUGUCAACUGAUCAAAUCUUUCACUUAACUGACCUGCUUUCAUCACUUCAUGUUUACACUGAAGCAGCAUUGCUUGUAGAUGGAGGAAAGAGCCGCCCCCUUGGUUCUGAGGACUUGCGCCUGAUUGAAGAGGAUCUAAAUAAACAGCUUAAUGUAGAGAGUACAGAACCUGACAAAGGACCACAAUCUUUUAAUACUAUGAAUUUUGAUAAUGGAGAAAUGUUCUACUCAAUGGCACCUGGAAUGGGCACCUCUGUCACAUCUGUCAAUACUGUUAGUGACCUCUCUGAAGCUGACAUGGACUCCUCUCUACACAGCGAGUACAGCAGUUGUGCUUUUCAGCCUCAUUCUUUAUCUCCUGGACUUAUGCUUGGUAGCCCAAGACAUUACAUGGGAUCUCCCUUCUCUGCUACUCUUCCUGGUUUGCAGGCUUUAAGUAAACCUACAGGGAAAUUAUUGCAUCAUCCACAGGUAGAGAGUUUGAAAUCUGAAAUGCUCCUUAAACUGUCAGUUGGUGGCCUUACCUUAACACUGUUGCAGGAGGGAGCCCAGCCAGGCCAGUGCAGGUCACAUGGCCCUUCCGAAGACCUCCAGUUUUCAGAGAUUUCAAAGUGUUUUUUUCAAGAGCUUGGAUUUUUCAAAGAUAGCAUGUUUAGUAGUCAAGAUUUUAAACAUUUACGAUCACAUUUUGAGAAGGCCUGCCCCUAUUCACAUGUGAGAGUAACUGCAGCUGCAGUUCAGUUGACCUGUGAACAGAAGGCUGCUGGCUCUUCUGUGCAAGAAGUAAACUGUGACCUAUCAUUUAGCAAGCUAGAGAUACUGGAGUGUCUUUGGAGCAUGGGGAACACCUCAAGACCACAGUACACUGAGGUAUUACGCUUUUAUAACCAGGGUGCCUUUCCAUUUGGAACUGCAGCCAAGCCCUGUGCCCAGAUUCACUACAAAUAUGCACAACGAAAGACAAGGAAGGUGGGGCUCAAAAAACCGUCAGUAAGGCUAGAGAGUGAAAUUUUUAUUGAGCUUUCUGAAUUUUGCGUGGAGUUUGAUCUUGGAGUUCUUGAUCGGCUCAAUACACUGAUCCUUCUAUUCACAAAAGCAGAUAAAGGAGAUGGGAUGGCCCCCACCCACUUUCCUGUGAAUUUACCCUCUGGCCCAAACUCUGAGCUUACAACAGUUCAUAUAGUUUCUCCCCGUGGCGAACUAAAACUUCAGUUUCCUGUUCCGGAUCUCCGACCAGAGCCUAAACGUAGACCCUCAUGGCACAAGGAGGUCCGUAAAGAAGUUCUUCUGCUGGAGUUCUCUGAACUUGACUUCAGAACUGACAUCAAUGGAAGUGGACCCUUGCGACUUGAGAUCAUUUUCUCUGAUCUACAUGGUAAAUAUGGAGAUGCCUCACAAAUUGUUCAUCCCUGCAUUCGAGUCCACAAAAUGUGUGACCCCCAGUGGAAAGGAACUGGUAAAAAAAAUCUCAUUCCAAAGAUUGUGGUGACUGUAAACCCAGCACCUGUGUUCCCAGACUGGGAAGGUCUGAUGGAGAAGAGCACUGACAUGGAUAUGGGCACCAUUGAAAGCCCUUGUGAGUUGAGGCAGCGCGAAAGUUCUCCUUUUUCCUCAAAGAGGACUAUGUUUGAGACUGAAGAGAUGGUAAUCCCAGGGGACCCAGAAGAGAUGGCCCACUUUCAGCUGAAGUCUCUUUCUUCCUCCCAAUAUGUGGUGGAGGUUACUUUUCCCAGUGUGCAUUUUUUAUUACCUAGUAAAGAUUUCUAUGAGAGCCUCUACAACAGAAUCAAUAAUGAUUUGUUAAUGUGGGAGCCUAGCACUCCAUUUGAUGGAGCAACUUCUAGCUCUAAUAUUGACCCUCUACUUGCCAAGAAUUUACCCUACUUUGCCAGUCAGCAUGAAAAUUUCCGGAUGUGUAAAUCCGCUUUCAGACUAGAUUCAGAUUCUGAGGAAGAAGAAGCACAUUUUUGCACAGCAGAUUUUCCAUUACAGCGCAAGAGAGCAGCAGCCCAUAUUGGGAAUGGCUACAGUUUUCUUUCUAUGAAAGUUCAAAUUGGAAAAGGAAGGAUUACUGCAAUGACAGACAGUAAGGGAGAAAAUGGUAAGAAGCUUGAUAACCAUCAUGGAGAGCUAGUAUUGGAUGUUGAAGGAGGAACCAUCUUCACCGUAUCUCAGUACAAAGGAGACCCUAAUCUCAGCUAUUUCUGCAUUGAAGGACAGCGGGUGGAGUUGUACCACAAGGCUGUGGUAGCGGACUCCACCUUGCCUGAGCGAUUAGAAAUACCUCAUUUCACUCCACCUCCUCACCUGAAUCCUACCAUCUACCCUUCAGAGGAGGGGGUCUCAUGCAAGUCGGCUGCAGACAGAAGAAUUCAUGAGCUGCACAUGCUUUCAACAGCUAUUAAGAUCAACCUUGAUCUCCAGAAGAAUGUUAAAGAAUUCCUUGUUGCUUUAAGGCUGCAAGGAGCAACUAUGAGGCAUCACAUGGCCCAGAAUUAUCAGAGCUGGAAUGAACAGCUGGUAGAUUUUCUGAAUGUGAUGGAUGACCCCAUUCUAGGUUACACUCCUCCUGCUGUUAUAACUGUACUACAUAGCCAUUUACUAAACUGUGCUGUUGACUACAGGCCACUGUAUCUUCCUGUUCGCAUCCUUAUUACAGCAGAGACCUUCACCUUGUCAAGCAAUAUUAUAGUGGAUACAGCUACGUUCCACCUAAGGUUUAUUUUGGAUGACUCUGCACUGUAUUUGUCUGAGAAGUGUGAUGCUGAGGCUGUUGAACUAAGAAAAGAUUAUGUAUGUGUGCUGGAUGUAGAUCUUUUGGAGUUAGGCAUCACCACAUGGAAAGGAAGUGCCACAGGAAAACUGAGCCAACCCCUGUUUGAACUUCGCUGCUCCAAUAAUGUUGUUCAUUUGCAUACCUGCGCUGAUUCAUGUGCCAUGCUAGUAAAUCUGCUCCAGUACAUUGUGAACAGUGGGGACCUGCAUCCACCUCCACGUCAGGACAGUCCAACUGAGAUUGCUGGACAGAAACUUCAGAUGUCAGAAAGUCCUGCUUCUCUUCCUGCAUGCCUGCCUGCUGAAACAGCUGAGAUUAACCAAUGUGACCUUACUGAUGCAUUACUGGACACAGAGAAGAACCAACGAGAAGACACUUUAGAUGCAGGAUCACCAGUUUUGCUAAGGCAGGGGUCACCAGUGUCAGUCUACCUAUUUCCUGGUGAGAAUCAGAGGGUGUCUCACCCAACUGACAAUACCAGUGGUGCCAGUGAAAUGGGCCAGGAGUUGGUGGCUGACCCAUACCCGUCCCUAGGCAGUGAAGCUAAUUCAGACACUGAUAACUCCACAGACAAUGAUGAUUUCUGUAUUCUCGAGGCACCAGGCAUUGGUAUACCGCCAAAAGACGGUGAACCACUGGUGUCACAGUUGGUACCAGGUCCGAUCAGUAUUAGAGAUGGGCAUUUCUCAAGACCUCUGGGUAGCUCAGACCUCUUGAAAGCUCCAUCCCGAUUUCCAGUGCCUGAGACACGAAUCAUGCUGAGGGAAAUCUCAGUGGUGUGGCAUCUAUAUGGUGGACGAGAUUUUGGGGGCAAGCCAACACCUACCCACUCAACUGUGCAUUCACCUAGAGUGAAAUCUAGUGGCCAUACCCCUGCCCGCAGUUCGCCUUCACGCUCAGCAGCACCUCCUCGACCUCAGAAUUCCUGGCGAGUACAAGGUGGUGGUGGACGCUCACACAGCAUGCUAAUGGAGAUUCAGCUCAGCAAGGUCAGCUUUCAGCAUGAGUCCUACCCUAGUAGCUCUAAUCCUCCUGCUCCAGGAGAAAUGAAUGAGCUGGAGGAGCAGCCAUUAGCACGUCAAGUGUUCAUUGUACAGGAGUUAGAAGUUCGGGAUCGGCUUGCUUCCUCUCAAAUAAAUAAGUUUCUCUACCUCUACACAAGUGAAAAGAUGCCAAGAAGAGCACAUUCUAAUAUGCUCACAAUCAAGGCUCUUCACAUUCGUCCAGAUUCAGGACUUGGGGGUCCAGAAUGCUGCUUGAGAGUAAGUCUCAUGCCCCUGAGACUAAACAUUGAUCAGGAUGCACUUUUCUUCCUGAAGGAUUAUUUCACAGGACUGGCAGCUGGCAUUAACCCUUUCUUGCCAGUAGACACAGCAGCAGAAGUAAAAUUGGAUGGUAACCUUAAACCAGGGACAGAGUUUAUGAGCAGAGAGAGCGAAGCAGGUUCCAGUUUAGGAGUGGGGUCACCACUGGACAUGACAGCGUCAAUGGAAACAACUGCCAGUGAAAACAGCUCUACUUCCGCGAGUUCCUCUUCGGCUGAACAGCCCAUCUAUUUCCGGGAGUUCCGCUUCACAUCUGAAGUGCCAAUCUGGUUGGACUAUCAGGGCAAACAUGUCAGCAUUGAUCAGGGAACCUUUGCUGGCAUUCUGAUAGGACUUGCUCAGUUGAACUGCUCCGAGCUGAAACUGAAGAGGCUGUGCUGUCGACAUGGUCUUCUAGGUGUUGACAAAGUUAUCAACUAUGCUGUGAAUGAGUGGGUGACAGAUAUCCGGAAAAACCAACUGCCAGGAAUUCUAGGAGGAGUGGGUCCUAUGCACUCAGUUGUUCAGCUUUUCCAUGGACUUAGAGAUUUAUUUUGGUUACCCAUCGAACAGUAUAGGAAGGAUGGACGCAUUAUCCGGGGUCUUCAGAGAGGAGCAGCCUCUUUUGGGACGUCUACUGCUUCAGCUGCAUUGGAACUCAGUAACCGCCUUGUACAGGCCAUACAGGCUACAGCAGAAACAGUUUAUGAUAUCCUUUCACCAACUCCUCCAAUUUCCCGCGCCAUCAUGGAUAAGCGGCAUGUCAAACGUCAAAGACGAGCUCAGCAGCCUGCAGACCUUCGAGAGGGCGUUGUCAAGGCGUAUGACACUGUGCGAGAGGGAGUAAUUGAUACUGCACAGACCAUCUGUGAUGUUGCUACACGUGGACAUGAGCAGAAAGGACUCCCAGGAGCUGUAGGUGGUGUCCUGCGACAGAUCCCACCAACCGUGGUCCGUCCACUCAUUGUGGCCACAGAGGCAACCUCCAACCUGCUGGGUGGAAUGCGGAACCAGAUCAAACCUGAUGCACGGAAAGAGGACUUCUUAAAGUGGCGUACAGAGGAGAGCCAGGAUUGAGCCCUUCAAACAGUGAAGUUUGUUUCACCUCUAAAGGACACUCCUAGUGCCAUGCUAACCCCAAAAGUAGGCAGUCCAGUAGGUGUGGUCAGCAAACAGGCACAUGAAAAAGCCUGUACUGUUAGUCAAGUUUUUUAAACUAUAUUUCUAUUAUUUUUUGUAAAUUGGAACUGAUACUUGUGUGUCUGUUUCCACGUUAUCAUGAUCACCUAUCCUAGAGUAUGGCUGGCAGAUGCUGUGUACAUGUCACUUUGAGACUCUGAUCAUUAGAAUGUUAAACAAGCAGUAUGUUUUGUUUUUGAUGUGUCUUUUCCCCAACGAGCAACUGCAGCUUUUUAAAUCACUUGUCAUUUAAAAGAUGCAUAAGCAUUUGUAUUUCCUGGUGGGUUCUCCACUCAGACAGAAAUUACUGGAAAUUUUGAAAAUGUUGCAGGCUUUAACGAACGAAGGUGACUGUCCCCUGGUUAUUAAUCUGAAGAGGAUGACAACACCCUCCCGGCUCUUUACAUGGUGCUUACCUCUUCAUGACAGCACACUGUAAACACCCAUAAUACAUUUACAGAUUGCAUUUUAUGCAUUCAGUAGCUAUGAGCUGCUUUUGUCAGCCAUGUGUGCAGCUCGCUUUUGAAGCACCACUUGCUUCUUGGAUGAAGAAUCAACCUAAACUUAUUGCUGUUCAGGUUCACUUUCUUUUGCACCUCCCAGAUGAUUUACUGUGUACAUUUCAUAGUUUUGCAACCCAUAUUAUGUUAUUUGGAUGGCAUUUUUAGGCGCUUUUAUUCACUUUCAGAAAUAAACAGGGUGAAGGCUCCGGUCUCAGUAAGUUGCACAGAUGUUUGACAGACUGCCAUUAAAAAUAAUAGAUUUUAAAUAUCCAAUAACAUAAAUGAAAUUUGAGAAGUUUACUUACGGAAAUGGUUUGUCAGUAAUGAUGGUGACAACUUGCCAUGUGAAUACAACUUUGGUUUUAGUUGUUCCUUUAUGUCCUUCAUCACACUUUCUUGGCAAGUAAACCCGUGAGACACCAUUCUUCUCACGUUGUGCUUCAUUACCAUAACUCUUGACAUUUCUUGUUUUACUGCCAAAUGUUCUUCCUUGGUAUGUCUGUAUGGUUAGCCUUUACCCUUAAAACAUGUUUCUUUCAGCCAUAAUUUCAUAGCACAGCACAAACUAAACAAUGCAAUACAUGCCAAGCCAGGCCUUUUUGGUGCACUAUUGUAAAUUCUGUUUUUCAAUACUGAAAUCUUUAGUUUGAAUUUUUUUUUUGUUUUUGAGAAAAAAGGCCUUUUGAAAAGCAGCACAGGUCAUGCAAUGUUCAUGAGGCUGAUAAACAGAAUUUUCUUUACACUAGAAUUUCUUCAUGUGUUAGUGACAAUAAUCCUUGAAUCUGCCUGUUAUAUUGUCCAGUGCCUUUGUCUGCAGGGUCUUUGUAGUCUACCAUGCCAGAUUAUGUGUUAUUGUGUUGCCAUUAGGGGGCAGAAUCCUCCCAAAUGAUGAGGAUAGCUUUUGGCUACAGCCUUCGGUGUCAGGGGGAGGAGACCGCCCAUUACAGCAACUCAAGUACUGACAGGUCUAAACUAAACAUACUCCAGACAUCUGCAAUUCUCACCCUUUGUUUAGAUCCAUGACUGUUCCCAUUUCUCAAUGUGAAUUACCCAUUGAUUCUAAUGUCUUUUUUUCUCUGGUACAUUUUUUUCUUUUAUUUGCAUAAGCUCCUGGUAAUCAGUUUGCAGACUUUUGUUUUGUUUUAAAUGGAGAAAAUCCUGUGUACCAUAUAAUGUAUGGGUAAAUUUUUACUGUAUAAUUGUUACUAUAUACUGUAUUGAAUUUAUUGUAUAUUAACAUGCAAAACUUAAAGAUCAAAGAAAUGUACAAAAAAAAAUAAAAUGUUUAUGCUUAA